CUCGGCGUCGACGAUGGGCAAACGGAAGAAGUCCUCUCGCAAGCCAACUGGCCCAAAGAAGAAGACCCCGCUUGACACCACCUUCACCUGUCUCUUCUGCCACCAUGACAACUCUGUAACAGUCAAACUAGACAGAAAAGAGGGUAUUGCGCAGCUCGUGUGCCGCGUGUGCGACCAGAGGUACCAAAGUAAAGUCAAUCACCUCACGGAACCGAUAGACAUCUACUCCGAAUGGAUAGAUGCUGCAGACGCAGCGGAUAAAGAGCAGACUACUCCUCGCCGUCCCGUAGCAUCCUCCAGUAGACCAAGACCUGCACCUCCGUCGAUAGGCAGCGAUGAUGAUUGAUUGGUACCUUGGACCACCAUUCUCCAGUUUUCGUUGUUUUUACCUUUAUCAAAUUUCAUUUCCAUCGUCUCACAUCGCAUUGCAUGUAUUUCCUACGUAUGAUCAGC